AUGGAGACUCAGGAAAAAUUGCAUAAAGAUCCGCUUAAUGACUCCUUUAUCAAGCAAGAACAAGUGGCUAGGGAUAAUUUCCUUCAUCUUCAUAAAGCAUAUAUUAUGUUUUUGGCUCAAAAAGCUAAAGCAACUUGGAUUCUUAAUGGAGAUGAGAAUACCCAUAUUUUUCAUGCAUCCCUGAAAGCUAGAAGGUUACAGAACAAGAUUCUUUCUAUCAAAAAUGAGGAUGGCAUUUGGGUUGAUACACCAGCUGGAAUCAAAGAUGCUUUUUUAGGAUAUUAUCAAAGUUUGUUGGGGAUAGCUAUGCCACAAAGGAGGAAAUUUUCUCAGUCAAUAUUGAAUUUAGGUCCAGUUAUUUAUGAGUCUCAUAUUCAGAUUCUUACAGCAGAAUUCUCAAUUCAGGAGGUUAAAGAGGCUAUGUUUUCGAUUUCAAGGAUGAAAGCUCUUGGCCCAGAUGGUUAUAGUAGUUACUUUUAUCAAGAUGACUAG